AUGAAGAGAAAAUGGGCAUCAAGUGAUAUUGAAAAGAUCUCUGAGAAAGUAUAUAAGAAUCAAUCAUUGCAAAUUUUGCAAGUCCCCACAUUUAAGGUACAGAAGUAUAAUGUCCAACAGUUGAACAAAUUACAGAUCCCACCGACGUUAGAAUCAGUAUCAGAAUCGCCGAAGGCAACUGCGUGGGUGAGUGAUUUGUUACAUUCUAUGUUCAAUCUGACAGACGAGAUAAAAUUUGAUGAUCAAGACGAACCAUGUACAAAUGGAAAUAACGGAGUAAAGGUGUUAGUAUUUUUGGGUGCAAUGGGCAAAGAGUACAUAACGUCGAUCAGGGGACAAUUGGAACAUUAUGUGGACUCGAUGAUUUUUAUUUCUUCUAGUUUGAAACUAGACUCUUGUGAUGCUGGCCACCAUUCCGAUGAUCAGCAGUGUUUACAAUUAUCGACAUAUUUCGAAUUGAUUGAUCCACUAGGAGGGGGAGCAUACCCAUUAGACUACUUAGUAGUAGUCGACUCUCAAGAUUAUAUAAGAUGUAGAAUACCUAUACGGAUAUGUCGUAACAAUUUUCACAGUCCACAUGAAAAAUUUGGCGUUGAUUUGGAAAGGCUUCCUAGCUUGAUUGAAGAGUAUAUGCAGCAUUUUAUGUCUAUUCUGGCAAUAACAUAUUAA